AUGCCUGUGGACUACAGCAAAUGGGACGCUCUCGAACUGAGCGACGACUCGGACAUCGAAGUCCACCCUAACGUCGAUAAAAAGUCUUUCAUUCGCGCCAAGCAGAACCAAAUCCACCAGCAGCGCUUCGAGCGGAAGAACAAGAUCGAGACGUACAAAUAUGAGAGAAUCAUCAAUGAGGGCCUGCUCAAGCGGAUCAAUGCGCUUGUCACAGCUCUGGAAUCCCAUAAGGGGGAGGUAGAUAAGCGCAGUCCGGAUGAGCUGAUGUUCCAAGCUAUCAUGGAAUCUGUUAGUGAUUCAGACAACGAUAGUCCUCCUCCCCGCCCAGCUGGGGUACACACCCAGGAAAAAGAGCUCCCCAAGUAUUCGAAGAUGAUGGCGGCCUUGGUAGACCAAGUCAAGGCCAAGGUUGAAGAGGAUAAAGAAGAUGAUCGCUUUGCGGCAUACAUCAAAGAAGUCAAGGCACACCAAGCGAAGAUUGAAGAUUUGCAAAAGCAGCUGUUAGCUGAGCUUAACAGCCUAGAGAUCGAGGAAGGCAAGAAGAUCACCAGCGAGAGCAUACACACCGGCUUUGACAGCUCCCACGUCUCCAAAGCUACUGCAGUACCCCAAACCAACAAGAAAACCACAAAGACUGAAAAGGUCCAAGCAGUCGAAGUGCUUAAUCCCAAGGCCCGCGACCUCAGAGACAAUCUAGUCCGCGCCGACUCCUCCGGCGCAGAAGCCGACGUCGACGAGCCCAAAGAUACGGAAGAGAAUGAUGAUGACGAAGAGGAACCGUAUGCCUCCGAUUUAGGCAAGAAAUUCGGAUCCAUCAAAGCAGGCGACUACCGCAGCUCACUGCAAUUUAUCUCCCAGAACCCCUCCGUCCUAGCAGAGAGAGAAACAGACGGUCUGCUCGUCAUGGCAUUCAACGCCGCCAUCGAAGGUUUGGACGAAUUCACGCGGCAAUGCGUACACCAAGCUCUUCUGCUGCAAUACUGCCGCGCUCUAGGAAAAGACGGAGUCGGUUUAUUCUUCAAACGCAUCACUACGCCAGGUCACCAGGCUCAGAAAGUCUUCUUCGAUGAUGUCAACUCGACGUUUCAGAGGAUUAGGGUUCGGGCGAAGGAGAUCGAGAAGCAGAGGGCACAGGAAGAGGCUGAUGGCUCGGGAGGUGUAGAGCAAAUUCAGUUGCAUGCCGUGGAUCCGGGAACGACGAUUAACAUUAAAAUCCCACCAGAAAACAGUGAGGAUCCGGCGCAGGUUCAGGCGAGGCAGCUGUUUAGUGCGUUUCCUCCGGGGUUGCAGAGGGCGUUGGAGAGUGGAAGUUUGGAUGAGGUCAAUAAGGUGCUGGGGAAGAUGAGUGUGGAAGAAGCGGAAGAAGUUGUUGGGCAGUUGAGUGAGGGCGGUAUGUUAUCUGUUGAAGAGCAGAUCAUUGAUGCCACCACGGAGGAAGGUCAGAAGGCAUUGGCGGAGUUCGAGGAGCAGGAGAAGGCGGCUGCGGCUGAAGCACAGGCACAAGACGCGGCACUUUCCGAUAAGUAUGGUGAUCCCGAGUGA